AGCUCCUGAAGGCUUUGGAUAUACCAACUUUGCACCAGCUGUACGGAUGGAGUCCUGAGAAGGUUAUCGGGAAGGAGGCUUAUUUCUUUCAUAAUAUUUGCCAAUCUAACAGGCAACUCUUGCCGCAGAAACAUAAACGAGGUCUUUUCACAAGCAUUUACUGAUCCGAAGUCCAAGAACUGCUUCAUGGAGAGUGGCGACGGCGAGAAGCGCGCAUAGAAGUCCACCUGGCCCUGAACGCCAAGCUCCGACUCCAGCCCAGAGCCCGAGGCCGAGGCCAAGGCUGAGGCCAGGAUCCGGCUGGCGCAGGGGACGGCGCAGAGCGGCCCCACGCUCGUGCCGCCCCGCAACAGCCUUGCCAGCCUCAUACCGAGCCCCGAGCCCCGCCGGAGGAGCCGGAGCUCCCGGCGCCAACCUGCCACUCUAUGCCGCUGCCCAGGUGCUACGUCGAGAGGCAUUUUUCAGUUGAGGAUCCUCUUCCCAGAUAACUGUAGCUUGUGUUGAUUGUCAAAGACCCAACCAGGUCAUAGGGGCCAACCGAAGAUAUUUGCUUAUGAUCACUGUUUCUGGUCCAUGGAUGAAUCUGUCCGAGAGAAGUAUGCAGGUCAAGAUGAUGUUUUCAAGUGCCUUGGGGAGAACAUUCUUCAGAAUGCAUUUGAUGGCUACAAUGCCUGCAUCUUUGCUUAUGGGCAGACAGGGUCUGGAAAGUCUUAUACUAUGAUGGGCACUGCCGACCAACCUGGAUUAAUCCCAAGACUCUGCAGUGGACUCUUUGAACGAACCCAGAAAGAAGAAAAUGAAGAACAGAGUUUUAAAGUUGAAGUCUCCUACAUGGAAAUUUAUAAUGAAAAAGUCCGAGACCUUCUUGACCCCAAAGGAAGCCGUCAAACACUGAAAGUGAGAGAGCACAGUGUGUUGGGACCCUACGUGGAUGGACUUUCUAAACUGGCUGUUACAAGCUAUAAGGAUAUUGAGUCUCUGAUGUCUGAAGGCAACAAGUCUCGCACAGUUGCUGCAACCAACAUGAAUGAGGAAAGCAGCCGUUCCCAUGCAGUCUUUAAGAUCACCCUGACACAUACUCUGUAUGAUGUGCAGUCUGGGACAUCUGGAGAGAAAGUGGGCAAGCUGAGCUUAGUGGAUUUAGCUGGCAGUGAACGAGCCACGAAAACUGGAGCUGCGGGCGACAGGCUGAAGGAGGGCAGCAACAUCAACAAGUCCCUCACAACCCUGGGUUUGGUUAUCUCUGCCCUAGCCGAUCAGGGUGCUGGCAAAAACAAAAAUAAAUUUGUUCCCUAUCGGGACUCAGUUCUCACAUGGCUGCUCAAGGACAGUCUGGGAGGUAACAGCAAGACUGCCAUGGUGGCCACUGUGAGCCCGGCUGCUGAUAACUAUGAUGAAACCCUCUCAACCCUGAGGUAUGCAGACCGAGCAAAGCACAUCGUGAACCACGCUGUGGUGAAUGAGGAUCCUAAUGCUCGGAUUAUCCGAGAUCUCCGGGAAGAGGUGGAGAAGCUCCGUGAGCAGCUGACCAAGGCAGAGGCAAUGAAAUCUCCAGAGCUGAAGGAUCGUCUGGAAGAAUCCGAGAAACUAAUCCAGGAAAUGACUGUGACCUGGGAGGAGAAACUAAGGAAAACUGAGGAGAUCGCACAGGAACGGCAGAAGCAGCUUGAGAGCCUUGGCAUAUCUCUUCAGACUUCUGGAAUCAAAGUUGGGGAUGACAAGUGCUACCUGGUUAACUUGAAUGCUGACCCAGCUCUCAAUGAACUCCUGGUGUACUACUUAAAGGAGCACACGCUGAUAGGGUCAGCCAAUUCUCAGGACAUCCAGCUCUGCGGGAUGGGCAUUCUCCCUGAGCACGGCAUCAUAGACAUCACACCCGAAGGCCAGGUCAUGCUGACUCCUCAGAAGAAUACCAGAACAUUUGUCAAUGGGUCUUCUGUCUCCAGUCCCACCCAGCUGCAUCAUGGGGACAGGAUACUGUGGGGAAACAACCAUUUCUUCAGACUCAAUCUGCCAAAAAAGAAAAAGAAAGCAGAGCGAGAGGACGAGGACCGUGAGGCAUCCCUGAAAAACGACAGCAGUUCUGAGCAGCUGGAUGCCGACGGCGACUCCUCCAGUGAGGUGUCCAGCGAGAUCAACUUCAACUUUGAGUAUGCACAGAUGGAGGUGACCAUGAAGGCUCUGGGCAGCAAUGACCCAAUGCAGUCCAUAUUGAGCAGCCUAGAACAGCAGCAUGAGGAGGAGAAGCGGUCUGCUCUGGAGCGCCAGAGGCUCAUGUACGAACACGAACUGGAACAGCUCCGAAGAAGGCUAUCUCCUGAGAGGCAGAACUGCCGCGGUGUGGACCGGCUCUCCUUCCAUUCUCCCAGUGCUCAGCAGCGCUUGAAACAGUGGGCUGAGGAGAGAGAAGCAACAUUGAAUAACAGCUUGAUGAGGCUGAGGGAGCAGAUCGUAAAGGCCAACCUGCUGGUUCGGGAAGCUAGUUACAUUGCAGAAGAGUUGGAUAAAAGAACUGAGUAUAAAGUGACCCUCCAGAUUCCAGCCUCCAGUCUGGAUGCCAAUAGGAAGCGAGGCUCUGUCCUCAGUGAACCUGCCAUCCAGGUGAGAAGAAAAGGGAAAGGAAAGCAGAUUUGGUCUUUGGAAAAGCUGGAGAACAGGCUUUUGGAUAUGAGAGAUCUCUACCAGGAGUGGAAGGAAUGUGAAGAAGACAGCCCGGUUAUCCGGUCAUACUUCAAGCGUGCCGACCCAUUCUAUGAUGAGCAGGAAAAUCAUAGUCUCAUCGGUGUGGCCAAUGUCUUCCUGGAGACCCUGUUUUAUGACGUGAAGUUACAGUAUGCUGUGCCGAUCAUCAACCAGAAGGGAGAGGUGGCAGGCCGAUUGCACGUGGAGGUGAUGCGGCUCAGUGGGGCCAUUGGGGAGAGGAUUGCAGGAGGAGAUGAUCCCACAGAUGUCAGCUCUGACAAGGAAGCCCAGGAGAACAGGCUGGUCUGCAUGGUUAAAAUACUUCAAGCCACAGGGUUGCCACAGCAUCUGUGCCACUUUGUCUUCUGCAAAUAUGACUUCUGGGAUCAGCAGGAACCAGUGACUGUUGCCCCUGAAGUGGAUACGUCUUCGUCUCCCACCAGCAAGGAGCCACAGUGUAUGGUUGUGUUCGAUCAUUGCAGCGAGUUCAGUGCUAACAUCACAGAGGACUUCAUUGAAUAUCUCACAGAAGGAGCCCUGGCCAUUGAAGUAUAUGGACAUAAAAUGAAUGAUCCCCGGAAAAACCCAGCCCUGUGGGAUUUGGGGAUCAUCCAAGCAAAAACAAGGAGUCUUCGGGACAGGUGGAGUGAAGUCACCAGAAAGUUGGAAUUCUGGGUUCAGAUCUUGGAACAGAAUGAGAAUGGUGAUUACUGUCCUGUGGAAGUAAUUGCUGCAAAAGAUGUCCCAACAGGAGGGAUCUUCCAGCUCCGACAGGGCCAGUCUCGGCGAGUUCAAGUUGAAGUGAAGUCUGUGCAGGAGUCAGGAACUUUACCACUGAUGGAAGAGUACAUAUUGUCAGUUGGCAUUGGGUGUGUGAAAGUUAGACCACUCAGGUCUCCUAAGAUCCACGAGAACGUCCAUGAGGAAGAGGAGGACAUGGACAGCUACCAGGAUAGAGAUUUAGAGCGGCUUCGUAGAAAAUGGCUCAAUGCAUUAACCAAACGUCAAGAAUACUUGGAUCAACAACUGCAGAAGCUCGUCAGCAAACAUGACAAAACUGAGGAUGAUGCUGACCGAGAGGCACAGCUUCUGGAGAUGCGGCUGACGCUCACAGAGGAAAGAAAUGCAGUGAUGGUGCCCUCCGCUGGGAGUGGCAUUCCGGGGGCACCAGCAGAAUGGACCCCAGUGCCUGGGAUGGAGACCCACAUUCCUGUUAUAUUUCUUGACUUAAAUGCCGAUGAUUUCAGCUCUCAGGAUAACCUCGAUGACCCAGAAGCUGGAUGGGAUGCUACCCUGACUGGCGAAGAGGAAGAGGAGUUCUUUGAGCUGCCGAUUGUGAAACAAUACGAUGGAGAGGUGAAGGCUGAGGCCUCCUGGGACUCUGCAGUGCACAGCUGUCUUCAGCUCAGUAAAGGCACACCUGCUGACGAGCGAGUGUUCCUCAUUCUGCGGGUGACAGUCCAGCUCAGCCAUCCUGCCGACAUGCAGCUGGUCCUGCGCAAGAGGAUUUGUGUCCAUGUUCAUGGGCGCCAGGGCUUUGCUCAAAGUCUCCUGAAAAAGAUGUCUCAUCGGAGCUCUAUUCCUGGCUGUGGAGUGACCUUUGAAAUCGUCUCCAAUAUUCCAGAGGAUGCCCAGGGAGUGGAGGAGCGAGAGGCACUGGCAAGGAUGGCAGCUAAUGUGGAAAACCCAACUUCUGCUGACUCUGAAGCCUAUAUUGAGAAGUACUUGAGGAGUGUGCUGGCCGUGGAAAACCUCCUGACUUUAGAUCGCCUGCGUCAGGAAGUGGCUGUGAAGGAGCAGCUGACAGGGAAGGGGAAACUGAACCGGCGGAGUAUCAGCUCUCCCAGCAUGAACAGAUUGUCAGGAAGCCGACAGGAGCUUAGCCCAUCCCACAGUCUAGGCAGCAACAAGGGCCGGUGGGAAAGUCAACAGGAUAUAUCCCAGACACUAGUUUCCAGAGGAAUAGCUUCAGGCCCUCCAGCGCCCUCUGUUUCACCCCAAAAUAACCAGUCUCCUGAUCCUGGACUGGGAGGCUUGGCAGCCUCUUACUUGAACCCAGUGAAGUCCCUGGUGCCACAGAUGCCAAAGCUGCUGAAGUCUCUCUUCCCUGUCCGGGAUGACAGCAGGGGCAGACACUCAUCUGCCCGCACACACCAGCCCGUGCCCCGAAUCUUGGUGCAGCCUACCUUCUCAGAUGCCCGGGCAACAAGGACAGAGGAGGUUCAACAAGGCAGCCCUGGGCCUAGUGGGGGUUUGGAGUCCAUGGUGAAGAUGGCGGCCCCUGCAGUAAAGAUCUGCGACAAACCUGUCAAAGUGUCUUCCCCUCCAUCUACCAUGGUGGUUACUCAGCCCCCAGAAGGGCAGGAUGGGCCACCCAGCCCCUUGAGCGAAGCUUCAAGUGGCUACUUCUCUCACAGUGUCUCCUCUGCCACUCUGUCAGAAACGCUCACCUUAGGCCUGGACACCACAGGCCUUGGCAGCCAGACGCCUGGGUCCCCCCCUGCCCUGUGUCAGGUCACCCCAGAGCCCGAGCUGGCUUUCCUCUCCUGCACACAGACCCAUCCUCCUGCCCCAGAGGAGCCCCAUGUACCUGCAACUCCCACUCAAAGCACGGAGUUGGAGGUUCCCAGACCGCCUCUUCUUUCCGAACCCGCGUCUGCUGUGCCCACGUCUCCAUUCAGAAUCCGGAAAGUACGGACCUCAGAGCUUAAGUCCUUCACAGGCAUGCUGGGGGGUGCCUCCUCCAGAGUAGAGGAGGAACCCCUAGCUUCAGAAGACCCCAGCAAUGCUAGGGGACAGACUCUGGGGAGGCUAGAAGUGACAUCUGACUCUGAGGAUGCCAGCGAAGUCCCUGAGUGGCUCAGAGAGGGAGAGUAUGUUGUUGUGGGCACCAACAAGACGGGCAUUGUAAGGUAUAUUGGACCAACCGAUUUCCAGGAGGGAACAUGGAUUGGUGUGGAGCUGGACCUGCCUACAGGAAAGAAUGACGGCUCCAUUGGUGGGAAACAGUAUUUCAGGUGCAACCCUGGCUAUGGGCUGCUGGUGAGGCCGGGCCGGGUCCGCAGGGCUGCAGGCACUGGGCGCAGGCGCGGUUCAGGGUUCCAGCCACAGGGAGCCCCAGAGGCCCGCAGGAGUGCUACCAUCUCGGGCUCUGCCACCAACCUGGCUUCACUGACAGCUGCACUGGCCAAGGGAGACAGGAGCUACAAAAAUCCUGAGAACCGGAAGUCCUGGGCCAGCUAAGAUGCACCUCCCUUGUGAACACUAACAGGAAGGGGGAGACCUGGUUCCUCCUUGGGAGCAGGCCCAUGAAUGCUUUUUGCACGAUGCAGGGAUGGUGGACAAUCUGCUUCCCUGUCCUCUGGGAAGCUGGAAGCUGGAUUUCCUUCCUCUACUUGGCAAUGGCAGAGGUCUCUCAGCUAUGCUCCCCUGGUUAGGGGUGGAAGGUCCCAGGAGCCCAGAGACUCAUGGGAUGGUAGUGCCUGCUUGAGGAUGUGUGUGUGUGUGUGUGUGUGUGUGUGUGUGUGUGUGUGUGUGUGUGUGUGUGUCUGUCCCAGCCACAUGUGUUGGGCUCCCCUUUCCUUAUUCUGCUGACUUCACUAAUGUCUUAAUUUAAGCAAUGAUCCUAACUAGUGUCUUGCCCUCACAGACAGGACUUCUGCCUGGGCCCAGCAUGCACACUACCCUCUCUGGGCACCAGUCAGUUAUCAGCCUCCCCUCAACCCGCCUCAUCCUUCUGCACAGCUCACAGGGUUUCUGGGAGGCAUCUUUGUGGGUGUCCCAGUGUCUUUACACUCAAAGUCUUUUCUGCCGGCCAUUCAUUUCCUAACAGGAUGCUUGAACUAUAUUUAUUUAAUUUAUUUUCCCAAAAGUUAAAAUACUUCACAAACCACAAUCGCUGUCUAUCCCAACAUGCAUGCCUGGGGCCCGCCUUGUGCUUACUGGCCUCUGGCUGGCCAGAGCUGCAGCCUCUAUCUUGGAUGGUGGUUGCUGGAAGUAGUGGCCAGCAGAUGAAGCCAGCUGCCCUUGUAUUGCUGGAUUGAGACACACCAUGGCUUUACUGUCAAUGGUGGGAAGGCAGACCCAGGGGCUUGACAUGGAUCAAGCCUUCAGUACCUUGUCUGGAUCUGCCAAGUUUCAGGAAACUGGAGAAUGUUUUGAUUCUGAAAAUUCCUAAAUCCUGACUGUUUCUGGGGCCAGCAGCUGGGCGGGUAGGUAGUGAGGGCAGAACUGUUUCCAUUUCCUUCUUCAGAUCUGUGCUGGAGUCGUGGUGUAUCCUGGGGCAUUACCAGCCACCUGCUCACUGAGAUAUGUGUGGCCUCUGAGUCCCCAAGUGUCGGUGGGCAGAUCAGAGUCACCUAGUCCCCGUUGUCGAAGUCCCUGUCUCCCACCUCAGGAUGUCAUUACAUAGGGUAUCAGUUUGUUCUGAGUUUGACCCCCAGACUCUUGAAGAGCCACAGCUAGCAAGCAUCUGUAGAGGAGUUGGUUCUGUGAGGACUUAAGCCUUUUACGGGAAGGAGCUCCUGCCAGGCAGGUGGCUUCUCAGAACACCUCAGCCUCCUUGGCCAUGUGGCUUCUGUCUGGACCAUCUGCAUUGUCUGAUUAGCCCAGUAUAAACUUCACUACCAUCUGCUUGCCCGGACCCCGUCCAGAGGCUGCUUAGAGUGAUAGGAGGAUGGGUGGUCUUCCUGGCACAGGCACAGACUCGCCUGCACUCCAGCCUGCGAGUUGAGUGUUACUCCGCUUAUCACCAGUCUGCCAAGAGAGACCUGCCUCUGUUCCAUUCUUGAACAGCACAGAUGUCUGGAGCUGCCAGCUAGAGGCAGGCACCAAUUCGAUAACUCCUCUUCCCCAGCUGGCAUUUGGGAAUAACUACCGGGUGAGUUAGCACUGCCAGUCCUGCCUGGGCACUCUCAUGGAAGCACACAACACUUGACUGUGUUCCAAUUGAGGUUUUCUUCCUUGGUGUACCCUAGAGAGCAGAGUCGCAGAGUACCAUCCUCUAGGAUGGCCAUGCAAUGGGUGCUAGGGAGAGAAAUUCCUGUACAUGUAAAGCCAGUAGUGUUACACUAUGGGAGGGGACAUUGUGCCAUCUGUCACUUGGAUGGUGUAAAACAGGAGGAAAAGUUACUUAUUGACUUCAUCUUGCUGUCUAGAGUUCUCAGGAGCACUGGAAGUCCUGGGGGAUCUCCCUUGGCCAUCUGUAGUCUCGUGGUUCUGGGACCACCUCCUCUCUCCCAGCCGCCACUUUCUGCCCCUGCUCCUUGGAGCAUUUCUACUCUCAGGCUGCCUAAGAAUUCCCCCGCCUCUGAAAAGUAGUACCAUUUCCACAGAGCCUUGCAGGGUACUCUUCAUGUGAAGUGCUCCAGCUUCUGGCUGAAGCACAUGGCGUCCUCCAGGAUGGCUGUGCCUGUGGCCUCCAGUGGUUGGAGCGGUGUUCUGUAAGGGCAGACUGUCUGCACAGAAGGCUCUUUUCUCAUGUGCUUGGUGCUCAAUGUGGAUGAGAUCUUCUGGGGUCUCAUGGCACACAUAGCAAGUGUGCUACAAGUUUGUCCUCAUGGGUGUUUCUUAUGAGCUGUUCCUGUGGCUGAGAGAACUCUCUGUGGCUAUCUGCUAUGAGGGCAGGGAGGUGAUCUUGGGAAAGCUGGUUCUUUGGGGUGGGUCUGAAGAGAUGGGGCUCAAGUGCUUGCAGGUCUUCCGGGUUUGCUGUGCCCAUAUUGCACUCCAAACAUCAUGUCCCCUGUGGUCUGUGUUCUUCCUGGGCUCUCAUGCCAGAUGAGGCCAGACAGGCCAGCUGCAGCCUCAGCCCUCUACUUACUGCCUUCUGGAGCAGACUAACACUAGCUUGCAGCUGCAAAAGUGAUGUGUGGGGUCAUGGUCAUUAAAAUGUCAGGUAAUGGAGGUAGGUGUGAGGUUGGGUUCCAGGUGCCAGUGUUUCUGUUUAGUGACAUGUCCCCUGAGGAGUUGCAGAGGUAUGAUGGGGUUUCCAUGUCUCCAGUUUUCUCCACCACUUACCAUGCCUUAGAGGUUCUGUGUGGGAAGCAGGUGAGUGGCUCACAUAGCAUUCACCUGUCUGUCCAAGCUGCCUUUGCUACGUGUGGCCCAUGGAGGGUGACUUGAAGCUUCUGGUGCCUCAAGGCCCAGGCCACCUCAGGUCAGAGACUGUAGGGCCAUCUCUAGUGCCUUCCCUGGGACCAGUGUCUAGCCUGUGCUUCCAGUCUCAGACACUACCCAAAACAUCUCAGUCUGUGUGGUGCCUUCCUUUUGUGCUGUGGACACAAGUUGGGAAAAGCACGGGUGUGUGGAUUGUGUAAAUAUGAGCUGAUAUGCGUGAUGUUGAUUCUAGGAUUCCAGUGAUUUGGUGCAUGUUAAAUGGGAAUUAAAGAUCCAAAGACCCUGUAAUGAAUAGUAAAGAUGGUGAUUUAUGUUAUAUGAGGAACCAAACUAUUGUAAUUUUGUACCAUACAUGCCUUUCCAUCAAGUGACCAACAGCCUCUAAAUAAAUCCAGGUGAUUUCUUGCUUA